AUGUCAUUCGUAUCCCAAACGGUGGCUGGGUUGAGCCAGACUCGGCGGGAAGACACGUCCCCUCACCAACAUUGCUCCCACCAGCACGCGCACCGCAGCACGCAACUUUGCCGAAAAAAUAGUUUACCUGAAUGGGAUCCUCCGGAGCCGAGGAUCAGAAAAAAUAGUCUUCCCGCUGAAAUCUACGAUAAAAACGAGACAUCACACACGGGCAGCUCUCCCAUUUUAGAAGAAGAG